GGACAUCCUCGGCAGUUGUCGUCUGGUAACGGCGGCAGCGUUGUGGGCGUGUGUGUACGAGUGCUAGCGCUGGCGCGUAGCACUCUGAGUGGUGUUGAUUUUUACUCCCGCAAUUUUCCCAUACCUCGCGUAGAACUUAUCAGCGAAAAUUCCAUCAAUCUACAUAAGUUGUGCUCACAACAACUCCUGUGUGUGCCAAAGGGACGUGAGAACUCCUGCAUUUAUCCUUACGCAAUGAUCGAGGCUCAAGUGACUCAAGGUUGAUUGCACCAAGCAUCAGACAGCAUCGAAGGGGUGCAGAGAAGCUCGCCGAAGUGCCAAGCGAUGCAUAAGUGAGCAGCCGUCCGUGUCGCCCUGUCCGCGGGCGGGGGACGACCGCGGCAUCCGGGCCACGACGGCGUCGUCCACGCGUGACCUCGUGGUCAGCAUGUGGGCGCAGGUGCAGCUGUCCAGCGCGGCCGCCCCCGACGGAGGCGGCGGCGACGCGGCGAACGGCGAGGUCUCGGCGCCCGACGCCAAGGAGUCGCCCGCGCCGAGCUCGCGUUCCAAGCACGCCAUGUGCAUCUCGCAGGACGGCUGCUUCUACCUGCUGGCCGGCCGCUCGGCGAACCUGCCGCUCAAGGACCUCUGGAGGUUCGACCCCGUGCAAAGCCGUUGGGAGGAGCUACGCUGCCGGGGAAGCCGACCGCCCUGCCUGCAGGAACACACCGUCGUGUCGUGGAAGGGAAAGUUGUACGUGUUCGGCGGCGAAGUUGGCUUCGCGUCGACGGGCGAGACGCCGCUCUGGAUAUUCGAUACAGGCAGCUGCACGUGGCGCAAGCACCCGGGAGGCGGCGAGCGCCAGCGCCCCACUGGCCGCCGGGGCCACACGAGCGUGGUGUACAACGGUGCCAUGCACGUGUUCGGCGGAUACCAGGACCUGCGGGGAUCUUCCUCCCAGCUGUGGGCCUUUCGAUUCGACACGGAGCAGUGGGAACUGACGUGUGGUGAAGGCGGCAACGGGGGUGGCGACCACCCCCCUGCGAGGCACAACCAUUCAUGCGUGGUACACCAGGGCGCCAUGUGGGUCUACGGAGGACUCACGGAUCUUCAGGAACGGGCCGACUUCUGGACCUACCACUUCGACACCGGUCGCUGGAGCCGGAUACGGCAGCCCAAGGGCGGCCCCGCCGAACUGCACGGGCACGCAGCGGUGCAGGCCCAGGGCUUCAUGUACCUCUUUGGCGGAGAGCGGGCGGGCGCUGCCAACAACGACCUCUGGAGGUUCCACUUUGUGAGCGAGACGUGGGAGAAGGUGGCGGUGGAGGGCGCCGUGCCGACGCCCCGGUGCCGUCACGUGGCCCUGGUCAAUCCGGGACUGGCCACGUGGGCCGACCGCGUGUCCGCCGCCAAGGAGGACGAGGAAGGCGGCACGGCGCUGCACCAGCACCGGCCGCGCCACGGCCGGGCCGCCUCGCUGCGCUUCAAGGUGCACCCGGUGUCCCGGCUGUGCAGCAAGAGCACGGGCUCCCAGGACGAGGACGAGGACGACGACGCCGGCUGCGCGUACGGCGGCUGCGGCGCCCAGGUCAACCUCAGGUCCCUGAAGGAGAAGCUAUCCAGCAGCCGGCUGGUGCGCAGCAUCUCCAGCGGCAGCUACUCCGUGGGCAGCGGCUUGCGCCGAGACGAGACCGAGAAGCUGCUCGAAGGAGGGGACCCGGCCUCCGGCGCGCCCACGCCGCAGGCCAUCCAGAAGUCUGCGAGCACCGACGCCGUGCUCGAGGCGUCCGACAGCAGCGGGGAGUCGACGCCCCAGCACCAGCGCAAGCGGCAGCUGAGCGUGCGCGUGCGGCCCCUGUCGGAGAUACUGCCGCGCAACAGGGACUGCUCGGUGCCCGUGCCUCCGGGAAUGCUGAGCCCGCCGCCGCAGGGUGGCAGAUCCCGGCGCAUCACCAGUUCGCAGAGCUUGAACACCUUCAACGUGUCAUCCUCGGCGGCCGCGGCCGCCCCCGCGCGGUCCGGGGCCAGCUGCUGCUGCACGCCCACCGCGACCACCGGAGGGAACAGCGACCAACAGCACACGCCCUGCGAGAACGCCACCGACCCCCGUGCGGACUUGCUCAUCGACCUCGACCAGAGCAACGUCAGGUACCGCGUGGGCGGGCCCCGACGCUCGACCAGCAGCUACACGUGGUUCUCGGACGCGAGCAGCUCCGGGGCUCCGGCCAUCUCGCCCCUGCAGCUGUCGCACAGCGCGUCCCACUGCUCGGGCUACUACUCGUUCGCCGAGGACGACCCCGAGUUGCAGCGCGACAUCAUGAACUUCCUGACGGGUCAUGGACCCAGAUCGCGGCCUUCGUCGCUCAACUCCGCCACGGCCGCCGCCAUUGAGCUGAGCACGUUCAGCGCAGCCGCCCAGCCGGGAAUACAGGUGGUGAAGGAGCGCGCGCGCUCCUGGGACCGCGUGUCGCAGCGCACGCCCACCGUGUGCAGCCAGGCAGCCGUGGCGGUGUCCAAGCGCACGCCCAUCCAGGCCAUCAAGGAGGAGAGCUGCCAAAGCACGCCCGUGCGCCUGCGCAGCGCCGGCCGGGCGGGACACGGCAGCCCUCCCGGCGGGCGCACCGAGCUGCACCAGUGGCGCCUCUGCUUCUACGUGUUCGGGGGCCGCGAGCAGGGCGCCCCGGGACUCUACCGGCAGCCCAUCUCCAUCUGGAAGCUGUACGUCUGAGGGAGUCGCGCUGCCCCGGAUUCAGUGCGGCACCGCCACAGUCGCCGCGCACGCGUCCCAACGUACGCCGGCCACUGGGAAGCAACGGGGCCCUUUUGUCCGCAAGAAGGGGCACAACCUAAUAGACCAGUGGACUCGGUCUCGCUGACCUAGAGAAAAGCCGAGAAACAAGAGUUAGGUGCCCCGUAACAUUCCGAUGACCUUCGCAGGGGAGGCACAAAAAACGGACACGUUCUCCCAUUGAUGGUAUUGAAAGUGAAGUAAUUGUGUGCCGAUAUGGCUUCGCGGUGGGCAUUCUGCCCCCUGGCACCCUUCGGUAGGUGCGCCUGUGUGUCUCUCUUGUUGACCUCACAGCCCUUGCAGCGCAUUUACCGGUGGGAACAGCGAACGCAGCACGUCCGGAUCUAGAGAAACGUGACCUGUGCUUAGAGGCGGCGUCGAAUGAGCGUCGUGUUUUGAGACUUUCGGUCAGUGGUAUGAGCGCUUCUGUGCUCCCUUGCGCAUUGCUUUUUUGGUAUAUCGUUCACUUCAUGAGGGGCAGCGCAGUUUCCCGCGCUAUAGUGUCCAGGAGCCGACCUGACUCAAAUACGAUCGUUCAUGGAGUAUCUAAUUAUAGCUUUAGCGCUAUUGGAGUAGGGUAAUCCGAGGGCCUCGAUUUUUCGUUAGGCCUAGGACAUAGGAGAGCUAAAUAACAAAUCUUUGCCAUCCACUGGCAUGAGAUAUAAACGUAACAUUUUCAGAUUUUCUCAUGUGGGCAACUGUUUUCUCUCUUUCAUGUUUUUACUCAAGUAUCUUGCUUAAAAAAUUUCAAUUUCGCUAUUCAUUCAGUGCAAAUAUUUGGGUACGAGGUAAGUGUGUGAAUAUAUCUGAACGUGUUGGCACUUGUCAGACACUUUGCCUGCCUCCCUAUAUCCGUCGAUUCAACCGUUUUCUGACAGUGCCCACCUGCUGAUGCCUCGGCAGUCAAAUUGCUUUUUUUUUUUCGCUUUCUGUAUCAAAUGUUCUUUUAACAUCGUAAACGCACAAAAGGCGUGACGUAGCUGCUCGACUUUGUCUUCCAGUUCUCCCCUAAGAUUCUUUCUUAUUUCUGUUCCUCUUUUCUUCAAACCGCAAAUGCUAUCUUUCCACACACGCACAAUCGACUCACCCUUGAGGUUCACUGUCAUUUCCAAUACCACAGUGUUCUUUUUAAAAUACAGCGAAGCAAACAGGUGCACCAUCAUAUGGUGAUGAAAUUCUCAGCUUUAUGAUGACAGUGGUCAUGUGAGAGGGGCUGUGCAAUACUCUUUGCUUGAAUACUCACUCCAUCAUCUUUUGCAGGUAUAUUCUUUUGGUGAUUUGGCGUGCUAGUAUUAAAAUAUUCUCAUCAUCCACUACAUUGUCAAUGGGAUGAUCUUAAGCAUACAAGAAAACGUCCAAGGCAGGCUUCACUUGCGAUCUUGUCCUGAAUUUAUAGCAAAUUAUGAUACAGGAAAUAUUGAUCUCAGUUUUGUUUCAGUGAACAUUUGUCCUAGCUUCUCUGUUUUGGUUGUGGCACUUUUGCAAUAACUGACUGGUUUAAAAUGGUGAAGUGUUGAACCUCAAAGUUGAGCUAUCAAGGCUGAGAAUAUGUGGUAUCUCUCUUGGGGGUUUCACAUAACGUGCAAUAUGAGACAAUGGGUACAACGAACUCAAACACACCUUCGCUGAAAAGGAGGGAAGUUGUAUCAUGUUUAGUCUGCAAUGCCAUUGAGUACGAUAUUAUGUUCUUACUCAAAACAUUGACAUUACGCUGAGCAGUGUUUCAGCUUGCCAGAGAAUGGGCACUGACGUCUCCUUGUAUGUGCAUGUCCAUCAUCUCGCAUCUGCAGCUUGCUGAGCAGUAGAUUCAACUAUGGCCUCCAGUUGCUGCACUACUAGUUGCUGAGCAAAUGUCUCGAAUGCCUUAUCAAGACAGACCUGCCAUCUGGCAUUGCAGAUUACUGCACUAUUGCAUUUCUAUCUUGGUUUAUUUUCAUAAAUAUAUAUGUAUAUAUAUAUAUAUAUAUAAAUUCUUGUACCUGGCUGUUUUAUUCUGGUGGGCUCGAAGCAGAAAUUUCAGUGGCCAAGAGUAUUUAUGUGAAGUUGGGAGUUUGGCACUUCUCGGCCUCUGCUGUUUGAACAAGGAAUUGUAUUUUUAUUAUGCACUCAUAGAUAAAGUGUUAUGAAGAAUAACAUAUAUGCACGCAUUCAUGUAUACGCAUGCAAGAAAUAUUCAUAUUUUUAACAGUUUUAUAAUUUUCCUUUUAUUGCAAAAGGUGAAAAUUAGCUGAAGGCAGCAGUGUGUAUCUUUGAUAGGUCCUUCUUUCUUUAUGUGUACAUGCAUCUGAACUGAAGCCAGGAGCGCAGAAUGAAAGCGUGGAAGAGGUAACUGUUUCAAAUCUUUUUUAAUAAUUAGAGGCUGCUUUUAUCAUUUAGCUAUAUAAAAACAGGGUUAUUUAUAUUGGAUCCACAUUGCUGCCCAAAUCAUUAUGUGCUCUGUCAAUCCUAUCAAACAUUAAGAGUUUGUUGUAAUAAUUCUGCGGAAACCUGCAAGGUGGAGAGAAGUCAUUAAUAAAGGGAAAAUGAGACAUUCACCCAAUCGUAGCAAGUGCUGCAAAGGAAGCCCAUACGAGUUCCUCAAAAGAAAAGCUAUCACACAGAACUAUUAUGCCAAACUCUUGCCUUUCAUUCGAGUUGUUGAUGAAUUUGACUUCGCCCUGCCAUCUGCUAGCUGCCUGGUUAGCUCAGAUGGUAGGGCAGCAGCGCCAGAAAUGCUAUGGUCCCAGGCUCGAGUCCCGGACCAGGACAAAUUUUUUUUAAACUGCGAGGCUUUUCUUUCGAGGAACCCGUAUGGGUUUCCUUUGUAGCAAUUGCUACAAUUGGGUGGAUGUCUCAUUUUCCCUUUAUUGAUGAAUAGCUUGUCCUAGUCUAACUUAAAGCUCUAUACAGAUUUGAUGCUUCAUCCCGACCAUGUCCUCCUGAAUGCCCUUGCCCAACCAGGAAUUCAUUUUUAGUCUGCAAAGAUGUACAGGACACUUACACAGCAGAAAAAUUAUGUCCAUGGCUGAGGACUAGAAAUGUCGUCAAAUAUUUUUGCUGCAUUCUGUGAUGCUAAGAUGUCCAAAAAGUUUCUGGUGUAAGAUGCAGUUAAGUUUUUGUUUUUCUGGCAGGGUCAAUACCAACAUAAUUGCCCUGAAAACCUGUGAGAUUUGACCAGCCAUGCUGAGAGUGCGGUGAGGAAUCACGAAGAGCAGUGUUUGCAACUUGCUGAUGUAAGCUCGCGCACAUUGCCAUGUGUGUGUACCUGGAAUGGUGACCGCUUCCAUGCCUCUUAGAGUGUUCUCUAGGAUUGAUUCAAAUGGUGUGGCAUGUAUUGUCUCAUUUCAAAAUUUUCAAGAAUUGUUAACAGGAUUUUCAAUUCUGUAACAAAUGUAAUGCACCAAGAAAGGGAGUAUUUGUGACCAUAAAAAAACGCAGCAUUCUGAAGGUACUCAGGCUUAUUCAUGUGGUGAACUCUCCCUCGUUUUACCUCUGUUGAUGUACAUUGCUGUUUAUUUUGUAUCUGCCUUAGCAUUUCGUCCUGUUUAACCUCGCAUGCCAGUGUUCUAGAAUGCACAAGAGCUGCAGCGAAAAUCAUGUGCCAAUGGGACUCUAAAUGCGGCUUUAUUGCAAGCAACGGCAUCUCAAGAGUGGGAGACUGUUCAGGUGGAUCGCAUGAACCUUUGACCACCGAGAGGCUUCAGAUAGUGGCACGAAAGUCUGACAUUCUAUCAAAAAUCGCAGUGAAGGACUGUGGCGUGGUAUACAGUCGGAAGCCAUGCAGCGCCGAUCGCUAGUGUGCAAAAUGAAGCGUGAAGUGUAUUUGACAAGAGCUGAAGUUGUCGCACUGCCACCAAAUAGUGUGUUAUCUUGUACCGGGUCCUUGUGUGUGUAUGUGUGUGUUUGUGUGUGUACGACGCUGAAUGCCUGUGUGUACUGCUGUGUGCGCUCGAUUUUAUCGGCUGACACUGUGUGGGUCAAAGCUGCGGCAGCAGGGAAAGAUCGUUCCUGUAUUUCUUUACACCGAUCAACACGAAAUUCGUGCUGCGCGCUUUGUCGGCACGUAACUCACAGAUAGCGUGCACCAUGCCAAAAGUGAUUUUUCUUCCAGCAGACAAACGUUAAACUGCGCUCAAUAUUAAAUUCAAUUUCGCUCACGCAAGCUUCAUCGUACAACUCAGUAACUACGUCCGGUCCAGGUGACACAGCCAUGCGCUUAAGCGUAAAUGUUUUCGUCCUCAUUGCAUUUCAUGGAAAGCUUGAGCAAAGCAGUCCAACAAAGCUUGAACGAGCUGCCCUCGCGACUACGUCUAAAGAGCUCUAGACAAGCUUGUAAUACUUCGAAUUUCCCUUUCGCGCAUUCGCCCUUACGCAAGUUUCUUUCUGCGAACAACGCGAAACAAAAAAAGAGGAGAGCAGACGACAUGAGCGAUUCUCUUUCGCGCUGUUGACGUGUCCCACGUUCAAGCGCCGGAAGCCGCGCCUCGCCGCCCGAAGACGUUACUGUAGCUGUGACGUCAGCAUCCGGUGUCGCGGUACCUGCGGUUCCGACUUCGGUACCCACCACGCGGAACUUUUGUGAUCGAGGCUGCGUGAGGGCGUGGAGGAAAAAUUUAUUCGUUUACAAGCCUGUCUCUCGUCCGCGUACUGUUUAUGGGUGGUACAGCCCUUUUGAGGGCCUUUCCAACGCCAACAUGAAAUGUAGCUCAGCGCGAUGCUCACAAGACACCGCAAGGAUUAAAGUGCAUCACGUAGGAAAUCGUGCGGAAAACCUUUUUUUUUUUCUUCCAACCAUCCUGGUUUGGUUGCUGUCGCAGCAGCCAUGAUGAAAAUAGCCCGCCGUUGUAAUUGUCUUAGCUUGGGCGGUAACUUCGAGGUUACUUUAGUGUCGUGCAUUGAAUUAUAUUCGUAUCCGAAUACGUUUGGUUAAGCCGCCCACUCACUGCCAUGCGUGGCAUUCCGCCUGCGCGUUGAAAUAGCGUUUCCCAACCGGUUGUUUUUCUUCCGGUUCUUGGCAACCUGCCUUAAUCCUGACUCAAUGUUGUUGUUCUUUUUUUCUUUCUUCUUUAGAAGAUGUUUCAAAUUUCAGAGUAAUAGAGGGCGUCUAAUGACGCCACUGCCGUGAUUGACGAGCUGUACACGAAUCGAGCAUCGGGCCUAAGUGCGCCACUUCCCUCAUUCGGAUAAACCGAUUUCUGAUUUCGCUUGUAAAAAAAAAAAAGUCUAUGAGGGACGUAAAUUGUACAACGGACACGCUAACCUGUACGGCUUUGCCGUUUUUUACCUUCUGUAGUUGUGACGCGUGGAAGGAAGGAGGGAAGCGGGUGUAAAGCACGGAAUGUCUCUUAUUCGUUGCUCUCGCCAUGCACAGUGCAGUACCCGAUGGGUCUCGCUUAAUUUGUACGCCGCUUUACUGAAGGGCAAAUUACAUUAUCGGGGCAUAGCAGCUGUUCGCGUGAUUAUAGUGUAGGAAGAAAAACGAAAGCUGAAUUCUUGUCGACAGCUCAGCUUGAUGUUCUUCCCGUUAUGCUAGCCCUUUCAUACUGCCACUCCGCCUUUUUUUUUUUACUUAUUUUGAUUCGCGGUUUUGCAGGGCAUGCGUCAUUCCGGUGAUUGUUGUCUGUAGGGCGUCUUCGUUCUCCCGUUAUGCGCUUCGAGUGACUUUGUCGUCCGGGCACAGUGCAAUUUCGUUCACAUCCGUUCCGCAUCGCGACAAAGAUAAAGUUCAGCUACAGCUACAUACAUGCUGUCAUGCGCGUAUCAUCGCCAACGUCAUGGAUAGGCUUUGUGAAUGAUAGAUGUUUUGUGUAGAAGAAAGUGCAGAUAAGGGAGGUCAGCCUAGGUUGUGGGUUCCAAAACCGAUGCCACCGAUUACCCAGAGUUAUAGAAUUCGAUACGAGCAUCAUCUGGCCAGGUCUAGCGGUAUCUACACACACACACACACAGAAUAACGCUCUUAGAAUCAAAAUGUUCCUAAGAGCAAAUUCAAACCAAUCCUGAUGCUGGACAUAUUAUUAUAGCAAUGGCAGUCGGUAAAUGGCAAAAUAGCACACGGACCCAGGUUCUCUACUUUGUUGAUAGGACUUAGGUGGAAGUGAGUUUCUUCAUCACUUUAAUUUCCUUCAAUUUCAAUUUCUUUCAAUUUCAAUGUAAUUUUUCAUCCUCUUGAACUGCAAAGUUUUCUUUCGAGUAGCCAGUUACUUAGCCAGAAACGUAUAUCAAUGUUACCGUUCAUUAAUCUUUCUCUGCCUCGCAGAUUACAGAGGAAUCUCCGGAGAUCGUUUGCCCUCACAAAGUUGUUUUGACGGGGAUUCGAAGUUGCGCGUGACCUUCCCUCAAGUCCUUAAGCGAUAAACCACGCGAAACACGAGAACAGCUAAGGAAAGUCUAGACCGUUACGGAAAAAAAUUAAAACGUCUAAACCCUCAUCAGCUUAUGCAUUAUUUAAAUGUAUACUUCUAGACAACGUCCUGCAGCUUGCUAACCGUCCACGCUGUCUGUUGUCCAAAAUUUUCCAUAAUUUAAAGUCGCCUUCGCGCCUUUCCAGAAAUUUCAAGAAGCUUUCUGCAAGUUUUGUGUUUAGUGGAAAGCCGAGCUGUGCGAGGCCGCUUCUACCCAUCUGUACCCGUCGACGGCGAUAACGCGGUUUUGAGUCCACGGCCACCCAGAACCGAGGCAGCUGGCGUUCAAGUACAAGAGGCUCUGCGGCCACGCUUACAUGAUAGGCGCCGUGCCGAGAAAAGCCUUCAAGCAUGCCGCCGCCGAGCCGUACGUCUCGUGUACCUUUCGGCGAUGCGUUUGCUCGUGCAUGACACACAGGGCUACACGAACGCCCGAGCUCGCCGAGCACGUGGUCCUUAGUGUCCGCCCAGCUGCUGUUGCAUUCCUGGUGUGAUGAUUAACAGUAUUCUGUUUCAGUUUCGUUUUUCUUCUCAAAUUCCGUCGCCACAUAGACCGCGUUCUCCACUGUUUUAAAGAGAAUGUCUCGCUGUCUCAACUGGACGACGGAAAGACAGUACGAUAGGUAUUGCUGCGCUCACUGCCAAGCUGUGACGCUAAUAAGUGGCUCGUUGCAAGCACUUUAAUCAUUCGUUUGUUCAUUCGAAGCGAUUGUAUAUUUAGAAGAAUAGUAGGGUCUAUUUUCGUCCGUAACAAAGGCACAAAACAAUUAGGGAGAUUUGACGCACAUAUCGGAAUCUAUGUGAGGAAAAGCUUUCGUUAAGCGGUUAAUUAAAUGCCAUACAAUUAAAUGCGGUGCGUGAAACUGUCAUUUUCAUCCAAUUUCCUGGCCCGGGAUAUCAGAGCACAAGCGACCACCAGGUUUCUAAGAACUUUCUCGUUUAAGUCAUCUUUAAUAAAAUAGAAAGCUACUACACCCUCAAAUAAGUGCAAGUUCUUUGUGUCUGGUCCGACUGGAGAUACUUUUAUCUUAAAUACCUGUGCGGGACAGGUAUACCUAACACCCGCAACACAAGUUCCCAAGGUCGCGAGAGAAGUGACAAAGUGGCCUUUGCUGAAACGGCGACGUUCAAAUUUUAUUCGCCAAUCUCGACUCUAGUCGCUUGCUUGAAAAACUGAUCACUUAAUUAAGGAGCAGACCGACCUUUUGCGAAGUAAACAGUACUAAUAGGCGUAGUACCAGCGGUACGUACUUGGUGUUACGCUUUCAGAGAAAGUAUAUAUUCCUUCAAAGAACGUAGACCGAGCCGGAGCGUUUAGUAUUUCGUACCUGUAGCCGUUUCUUUCUUUCUUUUAUUAUUAUUUGCGUCAUCGCGCGCAUGUAGGUCGGCCAUUCUGAAUGGAGCAGCGCUUGAGUUGCUGGAGUUCUCGUGAGAGGCUUCAUAAUCAUCAACGAGCUGUAGAGUCGCUUACACUUUCGUGUAUCCAGCGCGUUACGCAAGCGAAAACCUAAUACAUCGUAUAUGCUAGCAGUACCGUAUGACGUCAUAGUGGCGAUAGCAUAUGUGGCAAAGACCUUAGGCGCCGAGUUUGUAGCAUAUGGCCGUAAUCUUAUAACCGCGUGUAAAAGAAAUGCGUAAACGUGUUCGCUAGCCAAAGUUAAAAUUUGUGGUUGUUGACAACAUUAGCGCGCGUAGUAGCGUAGUUAGCAUGCCGCAACACUUCGGUCGAACGAACUUUAUGAGAGAUCUAAAAAAAAACUCUGUAUUAGUAGAAGAGAAAUACGUGGGCUUGCCAUGAAGGCUGGAAUUUCGUAAUUGUUAGUAGAUAUUAAUAGUUCGUUGAAGAUAUAUAUAAGCCAGACGUGCGCGGAAAGCAUAUUCCAGUGGCGUGCUGUAAUAGAUAGAGGAGAAAAAGGGGGAACAUGGUAUUACCGUGACGCGCCAAUUAUUGUGCAGCGUAAGCAGUGCAGUGUAAGGCGCCUCGUGGUGUGUGUAUGCUUCUAUCGAACAUUAGUGACUCGUACAAGCAUUUAUUUUCCAGAGGAAUGUGUGUACAUAGUGCGUAAACGGCGGAAGCAGCUGUGUACAAUAGAGUCCAUCUUUGCGUGGUGCAGAGUUGGACCUCGCGAGCCAUACUUAUUUUCAACGUCCUGAAAGAGUUGUACAUAUAAUAUAUUCGCCAAAACACACUUUGUCGUCUUCAUAUGUUUUGUUCGCCUUGUUUUGUCUUUGUGUGUGCAGCAUAUGCCGGCUGUGUCGAAAGAAGCGGGAACGAAAGGACAAUAAAAACAAUGGUGACAUUUA